AUGAAAGCGAAAAAGUCUCCCACGAAACAUCAUGUCUUAACCACCAAGGAAAGUAACAUUCCAACAAAGAAACGUAAAAUAUCUUUGAAGAAUUCUCUAAAUAAAACUAGUAUUAGAAAAGAAAGUACAGAAAAAAAGGAAGCACUUAACAAGCCAAAUGAUAAGGAAAUAGAACAAAAAAAUAUCACAGAGGAUGAACAAACAAUUGAUCUAAAGAAUACCUCUCAUUACCUGUUAAAUAAAAUGAACUUGAAAUUGUUACAGAAAGAAAUAUUUAAACUUGAAACACGACCAAUGCCAUACCCUGAUAAUCUCUGUAGCAUGGAAAAUAUGAAGGAUCUAAAGAUAUCAAGACUUUGGUUCCUAUUUGAGUUGGAAAUGAUAUUAGAACAAAAAAUUAAUCUCCGAAAUUCAUGGUAUAAUUCGGAGAUUUAUCAAAAAAUAGAUGACGAUUGGCCUUCGACCAACUGUCUAGAUGAAAUACCUUCUGAAGGUUACGAGACAUUCCCAUUAAACCAAGUUUAUAUUCGACAUAUACCAGAAAUUCAAGAGAACCAGGACACUGAAAAAUGUGCUCAAAUAGGUAAUAUUGACGUUGAUAUCGAAAGUAUCCUAGACUAUGUUCCAAGUAGAAAAAUUCCUUCGAGCAAGCUAUCCUUACGAAAUAGGAAGGAUGUGUUUGAAAACCUUAACUUGGAUGCAAAGAAAAUCUUAGAAGAUAGCUCUGCAUCAGACCUGUUCUCUUCUUCCACUCUGCAGUUACCUAAGAAAGCAAAUAUAGAAACAAAUGAAAACACUAAUACGGGAAAGCAACCAACUAAGGAACAAGCCAAGAAAAAGCUAUGUGUCCUAGAAGAAAAAUUAAGGCAUUUUACUGGACUUCCUGAAUAA